AAACUGCGUGGACGUGUUAUUAUUAGUCACAUCGCCGCAGCUAAUAAAAACAAGCGAGGAGCGAUCUCAUCGUCUUACUUCGCCGUCGCCUGUUAACCGUCCGUCCGGUGCUAAGAAGCUUCACAAUCUGAGUAAGAAGAUGAGAAUCACGCGAAUCUUGGUAUGUCUUGUAAUAGUUGCAUUGUCUUCAAGCUCCCAUGUCCGGUCUGAUCAGAUCUUCCCAGCUCAUCUAGUUGGAACAUUCAGCAGAAACAAUCGUGAACCAAAGUACAAGAUCGAGUUCCUUCCUCAAGAUUCACCUUUUCACCCGGGUGAGAAUCUGGAAUCUAUGGUUAUGGUGGAUAAGCAUGGGGGUCGAUUUUUAUGUUACUUACCAAAGGAGGAAAAAGCGACAAGUGGAUGGACUUCUACUCAGCAAAAUAUUAGUACUGUGAUGAUGGAUACACACAAACAGGUGAAGCUAAGGACUCCUGAUGAAUUGCUCCAAUCACUUAAUGAAAAAUGUCUUAUUAGGCAAGAGGGUUGGUGGUCUUAUGAGUUUUGUCAUCAGAGGUAUGUACGGCAGCUACACGUUGAGGAUGAAAAGAUUGUUCAAGAGUUUUUGUUGGGUACUUUUGACCCAGAGGCAACAGAGGCUUUUAAUCAAACUGUAUCUGAUGCUUCCACUGAUGCAUCUCAGAGGUAUCACUCUCAUGUAUACACCAAUGGGACCACCUGUGAUCUUACUGGAUCACCCCGAGAAGUCGAGGUGAGGUUUGUAUGCGCGGAAACCAGAGCAAUGGUCACUUCGAUCACUGAGUUAUCCACUUGCAAGUACGCACUGACUGUUCAGUGCCCAACCUUGUGCAAGCAUCCGCUGUUCCAGCUAGAGAAACCAGUAUCACACACGAUCCACUGUAAUGCGAUCCCAGUGGAAGAAGAUGGAAGAAGAAACAAGGAAGAAGAACAAGUUGUAGGCGAAUCACCUAAGAUGAUAGCUGAUUCUUGAAAACCGCCUAAUUGAAUCACAAGAGUAAGAGUUAAACAGCGACUGUACAUAAAAGAACUACUGCAUAUCUCCAUUCUCGGUGUGACCUGAUGUAGUGUUCAUAGUUUUGAUUGGGAAUGCUUUCCGGUAGGAUGAUGAUACUUACUCUCUCUCUCUCUACAGAGUAAGUAUAUAAACCCUUGUACAACAAAGGAUAGACCUUUGGCAGAAUCUACAGAGUUUACUUUCCAAUUCCCGGGCCAUUAUCGCAAUAGAAUGUUCUUUUUUUUUUUUCGUCGAAAUAUGAUUAUAUUGAAACGAACGAGCUAGAUCAAUACGCAACUGCUUUUGUAGCCAAGGCAGCCGAGUUAUAGAAUCAGUGUAAACAUUAGAAGAGUUACAACCAUAUUUUUGCU